AUGGAGCAACAACAACAACCACAACAACAACAAUCAAAUGAUGUUAUAUAUCUUCAAGGUAUAAACAGAGCAUCAUUGAUCAUUGAUGAUAAUGUCAAUGUGGAUAGCAUUGAUAUUCCUCGUAUAGUCACGGCUGCAAACUCAUUCGUCGGUAGCAAGGGAUUGAAUAGAGAACAAAAGGUGCUCAAACUCACUCAACUAUGUCAGAUUGAAAUGGAUCAGCUGUACGAUUGCGAGACAACCAAUGGUAGUAACCAUGUCAUAUGUGAUGCCCUCCAAGCACAACUGCACAACUGCAUGACGAGCAAGCUGUGUCCGGGUGAGCAGGAGCUAAAGGCGGCCAACUGCGACAAUGCCCAUCUGUCAUUAGGUGGCAUCCAACAGUUCAACAAAUGUAUGCAGAUCAAUAAGAGAUUGAACAACUGUCUAGAGGACAACCUGCUUAUCAUAUGGUCCACUCCAUUCAAUAUCAAUAAUAAUAAUAAUAACAAUAGUCCGUCAUUGUCAUGA